AUGUUUACGAUAAAGAAUCUAUUAUCAUUAGUAGUCGUAGUGGUAGUUAUCAUUUGUAGUCAUUGUCUAGUAGUUGGAGCUGUCAAUCAAGAUGAUAUCAAACCGAUAACACCUAACUUGCAUGUUCAUCAACAUCCACAUGAUGAUCAUGACGCAAGAGUGAGACGUUUCCUAAAGCAAGGUGAUCUAAAGUCGAGGAGGAUUGCAAUCGUUGGUGGUGGAGUAGGUGGAACAAGCAGUGCCUACUUCCUGCACAAACUCCUUGGUACCGAUGCUGAGAUCACCCUGUUUGAGAAGGAAAGCGUUGGAGGACGCACUCGUUCAGUCAACGUGUGUGCAGGCAAGAGUGCAGAGCUUGGCGGCAGUAUCAUCCAUCCAGUCAACGACCAUAUUAAUAACCUGGUGAAGGAACUUCAUUUGGAGACUGUGCGUGUCGAGGACGGUGAGACAUUCGCCAUAUGGAAUGGUCAUGAUAUUGUAUUCCAACAGAGUUCAUUGUUUUCAUUCAUUGACGUCCUAAAGUUACUCUACACUUAUCAUUUAGACCCAAUAACUUUUAAUGGACUACGUAACAAUGUUGUGGAGAGAUUCCUUUCAAGCUAUAAGGAUAAUGAGCCAUUCAAUAGUGUUGAGGAGUUCUUUACUCGUAUUGGUCUACCCAAUAUAACUAGUGUGACUGCCGAGGAGUACUUCACUACAGCGGGCAUUGGCAAGCCAUUCGUGGAAAAUAUUCUGUCAGCUGCCAUCAGAGUCAACUACAACCAAGACUAUGACAAAAUAGCUGCAUUCGCUGCUAUGAUUGCUCUUGUUGGCUCUGAGGAUGGACUCUACAGUAUCAAGGGUGGAAACUAUCUACUUUCUAAGACACUCUUAGAGAGGUCAAAGGCAGCUGUAUUACAGAGAAAUGUAAAGUAUAUCAAAAAGGUUGACCAAGCAUCAGACAAUAAUGAGAAUUCUCCAUCAAGCAUCUUUGAGAUUGGAGUUGACGACAGCAAUGGACAACAGACGUAUGAGUUUGACACUGUGAUCAUCGCAGCACCACUGGAAUUGUCAAAGAUUCAUUUGGAGAACAUGGACCCUACUCUGGCCGACAGGAUUCCCUCUUUCCAAUUCCAAACUGUUCACACCUAUCUGAUUGGCGCCAACUCUAUCAAUCAAAACUAUAUCAAUCAACCAAUAGGUGCCAAUAUCCAAAAUGUCCUGACCUCACACAACUCCAGUAUUCCUUUCUUUGUAGCGGCAAAGAACCCAGCUGGAAAAUGUGAAGAUGGACGACAGGUAUACAAAGUAUUCUCAAGGAAUUCAAUUGAUGAUAGUGUUUUUUCAAGCCUAUUUAUCAACCAUACGCUUCAUGUUAAACAUGAAUGGAAAGCAUAUCCAGUGCUUAGGCCUACCUCUGUGUUCCCACCAAUCAAACUUGACAACGAGUUGUACUAUGUCAAUGCCUUUGAGCAUGCCUGCUCAACCAUGGAGACAGAGGUGUUGGCAAGCAAGAAUGUUGCUCGGUUGAUUGCAAAGUCUUUGAAUAAACAACACAAC